UUAAAGGAAGAAAGAGGAAAUUCAGAUAUGGGUUGUUGCAGACGUAUUAAAGAUGCUUUAAACGGAUUGAUAGAAAAUCUUGAGAAUGAAAAAUAUUUAAAAGAUAGUACUUUCUUUAAUUCAAAUUUGUUUGAUCAAAUCAACGAAGGCACGUAUAAAAAUCAUUGGAUACAGCCAGGGGAAGAAACUGCUGGUAUAAUAAUUUUAUUUUUCCAAUUAAAAAUUUAAGUAUCACUUCUAAAUGUCAUCGAAUGAUUUUGUUUGGAUGAACAAUGUGAUAUUAUCAUGGAUACAUGAGAAUUACGGAGGAUAUUAAGGAAUUUGGUUGGAAUAAGGGAAUAUAAGGGGAUUAGUAGGGAAAAAGGGAACCUGGGUCAGAACAGUUAUAUUUUUGCGUUUUUUCGUUAAUUUUGUCAAAAAUUGGCGGUUCCGAGUUUUGGCGGCAAAGGUAGCGGUUCUGUUAUCCGCAAUUGAAGAAGA